AUGCUGUGCAAUCUACAAGCUCUGCGUCAAAUUGCCCAAAGGACCAUCAGUACUGCUUCACGCAGACAGUUUGAAAAUAAAGUUUCAGAGAAACAGAAGCUAUUUCAGGAGAACAAUGGGAUUCCAGUGCAUCUAAAGGAUGGAGCAGCUGAUGCCCUACUGUAUAGAGCGACCAUGGUUCCGACAAUCGGAGGAACAGCGUAUGCCAUACAUCAGCUGGCUAGGGCUUCAUUUCCCAAGAAGCAGGGUUGA